GAUCAGAGCCCCAUUUCCAAUAUCGUUGGAGAGUUAAAUAAAAAAAAUUGAAUUUACAUUCCACUUGUUUCCCAAAACUCUCUCAUGGAAUCUCAUUUGUUGGCUUCAACAUCAACCUAUUUGCAGAAAACCAAAUGGCAAAGGUGGCAAAGGCAUACAAGCAUUACAAACCGGUCAUUGGUUCAUCAAAAGAGGACAAGAGACUUCAUCAAAUUCAGGAGCAUUAAGUACCGUUCUUGGUACUGCCACCAUCAGCAGCAGCAACAGAAGAAGAAUAAGUCAGUGCUUCCUAAAGCUUCCACAGAAAAGGCAGAGACUGAUCUUGUAGAUGGUGAAGUUUCUGAUGAGAAAAAGGGAACUAUUGCAGGAGCAGUUGCUUUGAUCAUCGGCACCAGUAUAGGAUCUGGUAUUCUGGCACUCCCUCAGAAAGCCUCACCAGCUGGAUUGGUUCCUAGUUCUAUAUCUCUGUUAGUAUGUUGGGUAUUUCUUCUCAUCGAAGCUCUUUUGCUGGUUGAAAUCAACGUGGGACUAAGGACGAAGAAGGGGAAAAAACAAGAAGAUGAAAAAGAAAAGAUUUCUGAGUUGGAGGUUAUUUCCUUAAGGACUAUGGCCCAAGAGACUUUGGGAUGCUGGGGUGGAACUCUGGCCACUAUUACCUACGUUUUCUUGGGCUAUACUUCCAUGGUUACUUACAGUUCAAUGUCGGGGGUGAUUCUCUUUCGUUUAUUCAACCUUCCAGCUCCUAUAUCAGGCUUCUUUUUCACUAUGCUUUUCACUAUUCUCAUCUCCCUUGGCGGGACUCAAACAACUGAUAAAGUUAACCAAUUGCUCACUGUUUCCAUGAUAGGUUUACUAGUUGGGAUAGAGGUUGUAGCUGUUGUGUUUGGAGACUGGUCAGGGCUUGGGGGAAGUGGAGACUGGGGUAAAGUUCCUGCGGCACUACCUGUGAUAAUCUUUUCUUUGGUCUAUCAUGAUCUUGCACCGGUUCUAUGUGCUUAUUUAGGGAAUGAUCUUACUCGACUACGGAUUUCGGUUUUUCUUGGUAGUCUUGUUCCAUUGAUAGCACUUGUUGUUUGGGAUGGCAUUGCCCUUGGCCUCUCUUCCAGCUCUGACCAAAUCAUUGACCCUGUCGAAUUACUUAUGAGUGUGAGAUGGAAUGGUGUUUCAUACAUGGUGGAAGCUUUCUCUCUCCUCGCAAUUGGAACGUCAUUAAUCGGCACUUUUCUGGGAUUCUCGGAGUUUUAUAAGGAGCAACUAGCUAAAAUAUCUUGGAAAUCUGCUUCAACAUCAAUGAUGCAACAGAAAAGAUACAUGUCUCUUGAGGUGGGAAAAUGGUGGGAAAAGAAUAAGAUCAGCUUUGCGGCAAUGACAAUGGUUGUUGCUCCAACCGUUUUUGUGUCAUCCACGGUUCCUGAUGCAUUUGAUGCUGCCACAGAUAUUGCUGGAGGGUACUGCAUGGCAAUGCUAUAUGGAGUUCUCCCACCGGCAAUGGCCUGGGCAAUGCACAACAGAGAGCACGAGUCUUCUGAGCAGAAGGCAUUAACAAAAGCAAAGCCUGUACUUAUUGGGGUAGGACUAUUUGCUUGUGGAAUAGUUGCGGAGCAAAUUCUACAGCAUAUCCUUAUACUGUAUUCCUAAUUUGCUUAAUCUGUUUCGGCUGAUGUGCUUGCUUAAUUUAAACCAUUAGAAACAUGUUGCAACCACUCAUUUUGCAGGUUUAUUUGAGAUAUAUUCCUUAGAGUAGAAUUCUCUGUGAUUAAUGAUUGGUUUCUCGAAUUUUCUUGUAUUUGCUAGUGUUUCAAUAAUCUUCAUGUAACUACUAGUCUCUUGAAUACUCUUGAAUUUUCUAGAAUUCUUAUU